AUAAAAAAAAAGGUUGUACUUGUAAAAACAACAAAAAAUACGCGAAUAAAAGUGGCAAUUAACACAUUUUUCAUAGAGCGUCGCAACCGGUUCAAUUUCCAGAAUAGACGCCGAAAAGUGCAGAGAGACGCAGAGACAGGCAGCCAGACGGACAGACUGACUUACACAUAAUACAUAACUUUAUCUGUGCUACAUACACGUACACACACACACACACUUUGUGCUUUGUGCUAAUCUUUAAAUUGAAAGAAAUCUCAGUGGCAGCUUCUGACGCGGUGGAGCUAGCGCUAUGUGGAAUUUAUUUUGCUGCCGGCGCUUUUAGUUAGCAGGCGACGUGCGGCGUGAAGAGAUCUCAAUUAUCAAAUAUUUAUAUACAAACAAAAAUUAAAAAAAAAAAAAAAAAAAUCUAUACAUUGUUAAAAAAAAAAUAAAACUUGUUGCAAUUAAUGAAAGCUAUAAAUAUUAUUAUGCACUCUCGCUCUCUCUGCCUUCUCUCUCACUAAUACUCCAUCAGCUUGGUAAAGAAGGUCGUGCAACAGUCGAUGACAAAAUAAAGUGCAAGAUUCAAAGCGUCUUCGAAAUACAAAUACAAUUGCAAACAUAACGGCAAAUGUAGUGCUGAAAGUGCGAUAAGGUAGCACUUAAUCACACACACACACACACACACACACACACACACACAGAUACAAACAGGAAUACUCACACACUCCCACCACACGGCAUACACAAGGGCAUUGCCGAUAAGCACCGUUACUUAUCAACUUUGGUAUCGCACUCUCGCGCUCGUUUACUUGCUCACUCUCACUCUCUCGCUCUCGCUCUCACAGUUGCGGUUAUUGUGCGCGUUACUCUCACGCGUAACUGUUCACUGGGCAGCAGAAGCCUACGCACAGUUAGAGCACAGCUGUUGCCGUCGGCCAAGUGUCCCAGAGCAUUGAAGAAGCAGCAGCAACAACAGCAGCAGCAAGCAGAAGAAGAAGAAGCCGAACAACAACAAUAACAACAGCGCGCACAAAGCUCGACGCGCAGUUUGCAUUGUCGAUUAUGCAAAGCAACAACAACAACUGCCGCUCAUCUACAUGCAUACAUACAUAUGUAUACAAAAUACAACUGCAAUAUACAUAUACAUUUUUAUCCUACUGCAUGUGCAAAGCAAUUAAAACAAGUGCUCUGAAACAAUAACAAAAACAAAAAGAAAUAUAUACAUACAUACCUAUCUAUAUAUACAUAUAUAAAUGUAUCGCGUCGCUGCUUACAAAAUCAACGCUAAACACUAACAACAACAUCAACAACAACAGCAAACUUUGCAGCACCUACACUCACACACACAAGCACACAAACACAGCCACAAUGACCAGAGAUAGGCUGCCAGACCUUUUACAGCGCUCGCUGAGCGCCAACUCAACGUCUUCAUCAUCGAACGGCUCGCUUUUGCUUAGCGCUUACAACGCUACCACCGAGUCCUUAACCAACAGCAACAGCAACAACAACAACACCCAUAGCGGCAGCAGCAGCGGCGUAGACAACAACAAGGAUCGCAGCAAAAUGUCGGGAACGAAUGUGGAUGCUAUUCUGACUCCAUAUUCGGAAAUACGGUAUCAACUGUCGCAAAUCGUGACCAAUCUGGAGGCCAUGGAACGCAUGUCGCAGACGAUACACUUGCGCACCUUCAGCGAGAACGAAAUGGAUGAGCUGCACAACAAGAAUCUGCGAUUGGGCAAUCAGCUGAUGAGUCGAUUCAGGGAAUUCAAAACGAAUCUGCCGCCCGAGACAGACUACUGUCUGGAGGCGCGCAUGAAGCGCACCCUCUUCUAUGGCCUCUACCAGACGUUCAUCAAUCUGUGGCAGAAGAACGAAGAGUUCCUGCAGAACUAUGAGAUGAAGGUCAAGAAGAAUCUGCGCAUGCAUUCCAAGAUCAUCAAUUCGGAGGCCACAGAUCAGGAGAUUGAGCUGCUGAUCGAGAACAAGACAACGAAGCUCUUUGUGGACAAUAUACUGCAAGAGACAGAUAAGGAGCGGCAGACGCUACGCGAUCUGAUGGAUCGAUUCAAUGAGCUGCGCAAGCUGGAGAAAUCCAUUGAGGAUGUCCAUGCGCUCUUCAUGCGCAUCCAAACGCUCGUCAUGGAGCAGAGCGAGACGAUACAGCGGGUGGAAUUCCAUGCGAAUCAAGCGACCCUUUACACUGAGAAGGGCGGCACUGAGCUCGACAAGGCCAACGAGUACCGGGAGAAGGCGCGCAAGAAAAAAAUAAUGAUCAUUGCCAUACUCGUUGCAGUUGGGUUAGUUUUAAUAUUUAUCGGUAUUUAUUUGUGAUGCACACAAGCGCAAAACAAUUUAUAUAUAAUUAUGUAUAAUAUAUACUUUUUUUCAUAUGCA